AUACUUACCCAGGCAAUGGAGUAUACAUCACAUCUUGUGAGACUCCCUGACAGAUCCUUUCACGCUCUUACGACUCCAUGAGGCUUGGCCUGUUUCCUGCUUGAUCAUGAACGCGAUCCGCCGCGUGCGCGAGCUCAACAAACGAGAGUUGGAGGCUGGUAUUACCCCGGAAGGAUCAUGGCACGUCGACUACCGCGACACCGCGUACAUCUACGUUGGUGGACUACAUCUAGACCUCUCUGAGGGCGACAUCAUUACCAUAUUUUCCCAAUUCGGGGAGCCAGUCUUCAUCAACCUCGUGCGAGAUAAGGAAACUGGCAAGAGCAGAGGCUUCUGUUUCCUCAAGUAUGAGGAUCAGAGAAGCACAGAUCUUGCUGUGGACAACCUCGGUGGGGCAGAGGUCAUGGGAAAACUCCUUAGUGUCGAUCACACACGAUAUAAGAAGAGAGAUGGCGAGGACGUUGGCGAUAACACUGGAGGUGACGCCGUGAUGAAGGACGUCGCAGAUGAGAGCGAAAGCGAGGAAGAGGUUGAGAAGCGCCCACUUUCAAAGGAAGAGAAGGAGCUUGCUGAGCUCAUGCGAGAUCACGACGACGAUGACCCUAUGAAAGCAUACUUGAUAGAGCAGAAGAAAGAAGAGCGAGCAAACUCCAGAGGCAAGGUUCAUGAGAAAAGCUCCCGACGGCACCGCUCUCGAACACCAGAAGGGCGCGAUCGACACCGACGAAGCCCACCGAUGAGCGAACUAUCAGAACCAAAGCGUAGAAGGAGACAAGAUGACAGUAAUUUCUCACGCGAGCGAAGGAGGAGCCCGUCU